AUGACACAAAAGACAUCAUCACAUUCACAAUUACAGCCAUCUUCAACUAAAAAUCAACAACAGCAGCAACAACCGCCACUACAACGUUCUAAUAAUAAAAAUCAUUUAGAGACAAUUUAUGAAGAAUCAGGUGGAAGCCAUUCGACUGAUUUAAACGUUUCGACAAAUGCAACUACUAAACGUUCAUCAAAAGAAAUAAUGACGUCACCACAGUUGUCAGAAAUAACAACAUCUACUACUACUGAUAGCAGUGGAUUGCUAUCAUCCAGAUCAAUAUCACCGAUUCAUUUACAGCUGCAAAAAAAACGAACAUAUUCAUUACCACAUCCAGAAGUGUUUGAUGAACAAAAAUCUGUUUCUUCACAACUUACAUCAAUAAUAAAAACACGUAAACCACGUUUACCCGUUGAAAUUCGUUAUCGUGAUGGCUCAAAACAAUACAUAUUACCCAUUACGAAUCCGACUGUACAGCAUUAUCGUCAACAAUUACUCAAAUUUAAUUUGCCACCUAAAUAUCAUCAACCACCCCAAGAACAAUAUCAAAAACAUCAAAAAGUUUAUCGACGAUCACGUGUAGAAAGUACAAUACAGAAAGAUCCUAAUCAACACUACAGAAAACAAUUUAUUAUUAUAAACGCUGAUGAUAUACCAUCGUCUGUUCCUCUCGAAUCAUCAUCGCCGUCAUCACCAGAAAACGCACCAACAGUAUCGACCCGUGCAGUUGAAGUUAUUCAUCAAAUACCACAACAACAUUUUACACAAGAUACUCAAAAUCAAUCAAAUUCGUCCCAUCAACAGAGAUCUCGUACGUUGUUCACAGGAACAUAUACGGUUCCUCACAGUCAACAUCCACCACAACAAAAGCAACAUGCAUUAGAAAUUAGUACUAUUCGUAGUCGAUCUCUGCCUCCUCCACCACCAAGAGUUUUAUUCAAGGCACCACCUAUACGAUAUUCUUCAACAGAUCGUCUUCAACAACAUCAGCAGCAACAACAGUUUUUAACGAGGCGAACAGAAAUACCUCCUGUAAAAACAAAAAAUACACCCUCAUUACAGAUAAAAUUAACAAAUGAGAAUGAUAUAGCUGUGAAAAAAGAUGAUAAAACACGAAAAACUACAACGUUUGUUGGUGGCGUCAAUAGUGCAUUUAAACCAUUUUCUAAACGUGAUAACAAACAUCAGAAAAUCUUGUUAACACAAGAAAAAAAUACGAGAAGUUCUCAAUUACCUAAUCCACUAAUAGUAAACCAACGACCUGCUCGUUCCAAUUUUUCUUCAAUGCCGAAUGGUCUAAAUUCAUCUCAAUUUACAUUUCACGAUGGCUAUCAGCACCAACAUCAACAAUAUCGUUCAUCUAUUCGUCCGACAUCUAUGCAUGCGACAUCAGGAAUAAACUACGUACCAUUUAAAUCUAAUAAAUAUCGUUCAUUUAGUUCUGAUACAAAUCGACAACUAAUAACUAACGACGUAAAUCAACAACAUUUUUCCGUUGACCAGCGCAAACAACAUCCAAACAAUUAUCAUAAAGUGCAAGCUCCAAGACUUCAACCAUCAGUAGCUAAUGAAGUAUUCAGUUAUAAUCAACCGUUUGUUGAUAAUAAUAAACAUUCGUCAUCGUUACAUCUAAAAAGAAAUUUUCUAAUACCGGUAAAUUCAACAAUAUCCAGUGAGCUUAUUGACGAUUCGAAAUCUCGUACGCGAUCCUGUUCAAAUCACAACCAACAACAGUCAUCUAUUAUUGAUAUUGAUCCAUCUUUACAAUGGUAUACAUUUGAUUCAUCUGUGCAAGAUUUAGCUAGUUUAUCAUCAAAAUACUCGCAAAACCCAAUUCGUAUUACAUUACGAACACAUCCAAAAGAGAAGCAAUCAUCACUCGUUUCUACACAUAAUGUUGAAAUAGAGCAACGUCUAUUACAAGCUGGUCUUUCGCCAGAGACAAUUGCACUCUACGAAAGAAUAUUAGAAGUAGCUGAUAUCAAACAGUUACAAUCAUCAGUGACUACUAAAUAUUACUAA